AUGGUUUCCGCAACCCAACAUUGUCUUCUUCCAUUUCGUUUCACAGGCGCAACUUUGUACUCUUCUAUGGAGUUUCAAGACACCUGCAUAACCUAACUUUAUUAUGUGUAACACCUACACCAUUCGUAGCCAUGCAAAUCAAACUCACCUUCUUCUAUAAAUACCAAUCUCCACCAUCACCAUUUUCAUCCCAUCAUCAGCACAAAACACACACCAUUAUGGCUAAGCCUUGUGCAGUACUGCUCUCUGUUACUGUUUUUCUUCUUGUUCUGCUCCAUGGCUCCGUAGCUCGCCGUGAGUUUAUGCAGCAGGGUAAUGAGUGCCAACUCAGUCGGCUCCAUGCUCUCGAACCGGAUAACCGUGUCGAGUGUGAAGCUGGUCUGGUUGAGUCGUGGAACCCGAACCGCGACCAGUUUCAAUGCGCUGGUGUGGCUGUGGUUAGGCGUACCAUUCAGCCUAAUGGCCUUUUGUUGCCAUCUUAUAGCAAUGCUCCUCAACUCUUAUACAUAGUUAAAGGUAGGGGUAUGACUGGUAUGCUGUUCCCUGGAUGUGCUGAAACAUUCCAAGAAUCUCAAGAAUCAGCAGGAGGCAGCAGUAGUAAAUUUCAAGACCAGCACCAGAAGGUUAGACAUUUCCGUCAGGGAGAUAUUAUUGCUCUGCCCGCCGGAGUCGCUCACUGGUGUUACAACGAUGGCAAUGAACCGGUUGUUAUGGUUUCUGUUCUUGACACUGCCAACAAUCACAACCAGCUUGACAUCAACCCUAGAAACUUCUAUCUUGCUGGUAACCCGGAAGAUGAGUUCGAGCAGUUCAAACGGGGCACCGAGCGUGAACAGCGGCCACUUCGCCGUAUUAGAGAGCGACAACAAGGUUCUUGCAACAAUCUGUUCUGCGGAAUGGACUCGCGAGUUCUAUCGGAAGCUUUCGACAUCGAUGAGCAGUUGGCUAGGAAGCUUCAAAGCCGAAAUGACUACAGGGGCAGCAUUGUUCAUGUCGAAGGUGGACUUCAAGUAGUGAGGCCACCAAGAACUAUUCAAGAGAGACAAGAGCAAGAAGAGCGAAUGCGCGAACGUCGAACAGGACCACACUAUAAUGGCAUUGAAGAGACAUUUUGCACCAUGAGAAUCAAAGAGAACAUCGCUGAUCCCUCCCGCGCUGAUGUGUUUGUCCCAGAAGUCGGCCGCGUUAGCACAGUCAACAGCCACAACCUCCCCAUUCUUCGAUCGCUACAACUCAGCGCUUCUCAUGUGGUUCUCCGCAAUGAUGCUGUGAGGUUGCCCCACUGGAAUCUGAAUGCCCACAGCUUAAUCUAUGCAGUGAGAGGCCAAGCCAGAAUUCAGGUGGUGGACGAGAAUGGAAACAGUGUUUUCGACGGCAGCGUAAGGGAAGGACAGGUCCUAACGGUGCCGCAGAACUUUGUGGUGGUGAAAAGGGCAGAAAGCGAGAGAUUCGAGUAUGUUGCAUUCAAGACCAAUGACAACGCAAUGACAUCUGAUCUUUCCGGACGCACCUCCGCCCUUCGCGGUAUGCCAGUGGAAGUGCUUGCCAAUGCAUUUAGGGUUUCAAUAGAAGAGGCAAGCAGAAUCAAGUUUUCUAGAAAAGAAACAACCUUGGGUAGUAGCUCAAGGUUUCAGUCAGGAAGAAGGUUGGAUGCUUAAGUACUGAAAUUUUGGGGAUGUGUAAUAAGUCAGUACUGAAUCAGGAAAAAUAAAUGGGACUUUGAAGAAUGGUCUCUGUGUUUUAAACUGUAAGAAAAAAGAGCUUCUACUUGAAAAUAAAUGUUUGUUUUAUAAAUGAACUUAGUAAUGCAACUGAAUCUUCCUCCACAUAUAUAAACUGUAUCGUC